AGAAUUUAUUAAAUCUAUGUAUUUUACCAGAAAUUCCUGUUUUUUUUUUCCUGGAGAUAAUUGUUUAUAAUAUUUGGCUGGGAUAUGCAACUCAUUAACUCUACAGACAGUAUAAUCUUUGCAAGACAAGCUUGCAAAUUUUAGAUUUAAUCCCAACACGCCUUCUGUUGCAUUAGGAGGAUUGGUUACAUUAGCGGUUUCCAUUGACUGCAUUGAUGCAGAUGUUUAUCUGUAAAUUAGUAUUUUGUCAGUCUUAAUAGCGAUACAAACAUGUGAAUCAUUAGAAUUUUUAGGUAUUUUUAGUUAAUUAUUCGCCAUAUUGCUCAUAGUCACGCUGACUCGAUGAUUCGGAGCGUGAUUUGUUUGGUCUGGGUAAAACGCGGCUUGUUUGACGGAUGGGAAGUGCUUCAACAUGAAGGAGUUUCACUUGUUUACUUCUAAAACAAAUAACAAACUGCACCAAAUUCAAACAUUUUCUCGACGUUUUCCAGAAUAAUGGCUUCUGUAAUGGAGGAUCCCACUCUUGAGAGACAUUUUAAAGGCCACAAAGAUGUUGUUUCCUGCGCUGACUUCAGCCCCAAUAGUAAACAGCUGGCUACUGGAUCCUGUGACAAGAACCUUAUGAUCUGGAACCUCGCUCCUAAAGCAAGGGCGUUUAGGUUUGUGGGUCACACAGAUGUCAUUACAGGUGUUAAUUUUUCUCCAAGCGGAUCUUUGGUGGCAUCUUCAUCCAGAGAUCAGACAGUUCGACUUUGGACGCCCAGCAUAAAGGGUGAGUCAACAGUGUUUAAAGCUCACACAGCGAGCGUUCGAAGUGUUCAUUUCUCCAGCGAUGGCCAAAGGCUGGUCACGGCUUCAGAUGACAAGACUGUGAAAGUGUGGGGUGUCGAACGGAAGAAAUUCCUCUAUUCUCUCAACCGGCACACCAACUGGGUGCGCUGUGCGAGGUUUUCACCAGAUGGUCGUCUCAUUGCUUCCUGUGGCGAUGACAGGACGAUUCGCCUCUGGGAUACAUCCUCACGUCAGUGCAUAAACAUUUUCACAGACUACGGCGGGUCAGCAACAUUUGUGGACUUCAAUUCCAGUGGCACGUGCAUUGCAUCAUCAGGAGCAGACAACACAUUAAAAAUCUGGGAUAUUCGUACAAACAAGUUGAUACAACAUUACAAAGUUCAUAGUGCAGGGGUCAACUGCUUUUCCUUCCAUCCAUCCGGAAACUAUCUGAUCAGUGGUUCGAGUGACAGUACAAUGAAGAUCUUGGACCUGCUGGAGGGGAGGCUCAUCUACACCCUUCACGGCCACAAGGGUCCAGUGUUGGCUGUGACGUUUUCUCGAGAAGGAGAUCUGUUUGCUUCAGGAGGUGCUGACUCUCAGGUUCUGAUGUGGAAGACCAACUUUGAUUCACUGAACUACAGAGAGCUGUUGAGUAGGCAUAGCAAACGGGUCACUCCAGAUCCCCCUCCACACCUGAUGGACAUUCACCCUCGAUUGCCUCACCGACACUAUGCUCAGAAUGGCACAGUAGAGAUUAACCCCAUUGUUGCUGAUACUCAGUCUGGUGAUCCUCAGGUGGUUGAAGUGGGACGUGUUCUUUUCUCCACAACGUGAUUCUGCUUAUCAUCAGGUGUCUUCAAUUACUUUUUACAGUGCAGAAAAAAGGCUGCUGAAGCUGCAUGGCACAUGGUAACCAUUAACCCACUGACUAGUCAACUAAUCUUCUGGAUGACAAGUUGACUAGUAAAAAAUAGCCAUAGCGCACACACAUUCACUUUUACCAUUCACACUUAACAAAUUUGGUUCAGUUCAGUCCAGGAUGCCCUCCUGAAUCCGACCUGUCAGGGCACAUUUUCAGGGAAACCCUGUCAUUAUCUGGCCCUGAGCGUCCUGUAUUCCUUCAGGACAGAGUUUCCUCAUUCUGCUUCCCCGCCUUGCGUGCGUGGGAGCAGAGACAGGAGGAAGUGGACUGCAAAGAGAAGUAUGACCCGUGGCGCCUUUUUGUGUGACGCUUCCUGCCAUCACUUCCUCUUGACUGACUCUCUCUGGAUUCCUUUCAGCUUGAGAGUGUGUGUGUGUGUGUGCAGUGAUGCAAUCUUCAAUUGGUGGAACUCCUUAGCAUCUCAGUCCUUGUUGACUCCCUGAUGCAGCGAAUGGACCACGACCCAAGUAUUAGCUUGUCAAAAAACUCCUGGGUCUGGUGGUUAGCAGUGGUUAGCUGCGUCACUUUCCUCUCCCACUUCCACCACUUAUACGUCAAUAAAAGCAGUAAAAUAAACCAUAUAAAAUAAUAUUUUCCUAUAUUGAUACCUUUUCUCACUUGUAUCUAUAUGUUUGUUUAUUUGAGCAUUCAUAUUACAGUCUAUGGUGCAGGAGAGAUUGAAUUAGUUGCAGUCAAAUUACAAUAUUGUGAUGCAUCAUGGCGUAUUGAAUCUUGAUGUAUCACAUGGUGAGGUAAUUGCAGAUACUUGAUAUAUAUGGUACAAUAUCAUGUAAAUAAAUUUCACAUAUUUAUAUUAGAUCAGAUUUUCAAAGGCUUUCAAGUUAGCCUCUUAACAGGUAAACUAAUCAAAUUAAACUCUGAUGAAGAAGAUGAAUUUUUUUUCAUCAUAAAAUAGUCGUUCACAUUAUACAUUCAACAGAGUGCGUGCAUGCUUGUUUGAGGGUCUGUAAAUGUGUGCGCGCCACCUGGUAUUACGUUUCUGAAGGUUGCUUGUAGGGGUGACAGACAGGAAGCAUGCAAAGAGCCUCUUCCUGUUUUGUAAAGAGCAGGAGAUUGGGUGGCUGCGAGGUGUGGAUACCAGCUUGAAGGCCUGCCACCGGCUCCGGUGACAAGACGUGACAUGACGGAAGUAAAUCGCUAAAGAUAGAAUGGCCCAGGGGAAGGUUCACUUUCCACCGGGAGAGCUUUGAGAAAGAUAGCCUUACAGGGAGAGAGAGUGACUUGUCAUCCUCAACCAAAAAAACAAGAGCUGUCAGCAGCAGGAAGUACUCACUGAUUUAAAUCAGAGAUAUUCAAUGCUUUGUUUGUACUUUAUAGAGUUGUUUACUCUACCUUUACGGUGAAACAUUGCACCUUGUCAUUGAAGAAAUGUAGGUGGUGAAGUGUGGAAAUAUGUGUUAUGGUUAUGCAACCACAGUUAUCGCAAAUAUCCUUUUGUUAUGACAGUAGGCGGCAUUGGCACUAGCGUUAUUACACCUUUUUUGGAUUCUCCUGAAAGCGCAAGCUAAGGCAGAUAAUAGAAAAGGUCAGUCCAAAAGUUUCACCCGGCCCAUAAUACCCUGCACUGACCCAGGGACCUCAGACGGGAACUCUGGCAGACAAACAGGCACUCGCACAUCAAAGACAGGAACCCGAGUUGGUUCAUCACUUAUUCAGUGUAGGGCACACCCAGAACUCAGUGUGUCCGCCUUAAUAUUUCAUCUUGUUUCUCGCCGAUUGUGUCUGUCUGCCCUUCUUCCUUUCUUUUCUCUCCAUUAAAUGUUGUUUUUCAUCCACCCCUUUCAUCUCUUUUUUCCAUUCAUCUGUUUUAUCUGCUGUCUUUCGAGUUCCACCAAAGGCUAUUGACCCCUCUCCUAGAAUAGAGCUGUUCCAUCCAUUGAGUCACACUGGUGCUUUAACUUAAUGGCUGAUCUCACUUCCUCCAUUAAAGCAGAUGGUUCCUAAACAGUCCAGACCUCAUCUUAAGUACCUGUCAAAACGGAGCACAAUCACGUUGAGUGUAGAGUUGAAAGGACCUUAUCAGAAUCUGGCUUAGGGUCUGUUUUUCCUCUCUCACCUUACUUUUUUUUUUCUCUCUUUCUCCAUGAGCUCUCUCAAGGGUAUAUGGUGGCCUGGAGGGGCAUAGCUUAAAAUACGCUGACAGUCCGUCGACAUUGAUUCUAAAAAUAGUGGGCCUGUACUAUUGCAGGUAACAGGGACACCUCAAAGGCAAACGUGAGCUGCUCUCCUGCAAUGCACUCAUUGUGCUGUCCGUCUACUACACAAUCCCUUCUGUUUCAGAUAUUAUGCUACAGCAGGCUAACUGGAUUAACCAUCCUUUAAAAAAUUACCAUUACAUUAACAAUCAGUUGUUUGUGGUCGGUAAGAUUUUUUAAUGUUGUUGAAAGAAGUCUAUUAUGCUCACCAAGGCUGCAUUUAUUUAAUGAAAAUUUAACUUUUCUAUUUUAAUGUUUUAAAAUGCUUAAAGGGGUCAUGAACUGCAUUGUUUUAUUGUUUCCUGGGGUGC